AUGUCAGAUCAAGUCAUCGUGGUGGGCGGUGGCCUGGCCGGUCAUGCCGCUGCCCAUACCGUGCUUGAGGCCGGUGGUGCUGUACUGCUUCUGGACAAGUCUCCAUUUUGCGGUGGCAACUCCACCAAGGCCACCUCGGGCAUUAACGGUGCUGGCACACGUGCGCAGCGUGCCGCCAAAAUUGACGAUUCAGCUGAGAUCUUUGAGCAAGAUACCCUCAAGUCUGCCGCAGCUGGCGCCCGACCCGAAUUGAUCCGCGCCCUGACGCACCAGUCCGGCCCGGCAGUCGAAUGGCUGAGGGAUGCAUUUGGCCUGAAGCUUGACCUAGUGGGCCAAAUGGGGGCCCACUCGCGCCCUCGCACCCAUCGUGGUGGCGAGCGCUUCCCGGGCAUGAUGAUUACCUAUGCCUUGAUGGAGCGCUUCGAAGCCACGUGCAAGGCCUUGCCUCACCGCGCGAAGCUUGUCAACAAAGCUACCGUCACCAGCCUGUUGACCAACCAAGCCGGCGAGACCAUUGGCUGCGAGUACAAACUGGAUGGCAAAAUCUACAAAGCUCACGGUGCCGUUAUUCUGGCCACCGGUGGCUUCGCCGCUGAUUUUGGCAAUGCCUCACUGUUGGCAGCGUCGAUCCCCAAUUUGCCCAAGCUCAAUGACAUGCCCACCACAAAUGGACCACACUGCACGGGUGACGGCAUCAAGCUGGCCCAAGCGCUGGGUGCCGAGCUGGCAGACAUGGAGUUUGUGCAAGUGCACCCGACCGGCCUGGUGGACCCUCGUGAACCUGAUGCCAAGGUCAAGUGGCUUGCCGCCGAAGCACUGCGCGGCUCUGGUGGUUUGCUUCUUGACGCUCGUGGUCAGAGGUUUUGCAACGAACUUGGCAAGCGCGACUAUGUCAGCGGCCGCAUGUUCCAAAAUGCGGGUCCGUUUCGCCUUGUGCUGAACAGCCGCCAAGCCGCCGAGUUUGAAUGGCAUUGCCAUCACUACGUUGGCCGCGGAGUUAUGCGCAAAUUUGCCAGUGGCCAUGAGCUGGCUCGAGACAUGGGCGUAUCUAUCGAUACUCUUCGCGCCACGUUUGAUGCAUACAAUGCUGCAGCCAGCAAGCAAGCUGAUCCCUUUGGCAAGACGAUCUUCAACAACGUUCCAUUCCGCGUGGAUGACGUCUACCAUGUGGCUCAGGUGACCCCGGUGGUGCACUAUACCAUGGGUGGCUUGGCUUGCAACGACCAAGGGCAGGUGCUGGGCAAGGCAGGUCAGGCCUUGCCCGGCCUCUUCGCCGCUGGUGAAGUCAUUGGCGGCAUCCAUGGGCAUAAUCGCUUGGGUGGUUCUAGCCUUCUGGACUGUGUCGUCUACGGCCGCUUGGCUGGCAGUGCUGCUGCUCGCUUUCUCCUGGAACGCGCAGUGACGCAGGCAGGUCAAGGUCAAGGUGGCACGACUUCGGGUAAGAACCUGGUGGAGAUUGACUGGCAGCACCGCACCAUCACUUUGCAUGCUGGCAAUGCCACCGGGGUGGGCGCGGCCAUGGGCGCAGACGAAGCCCCUGCUGAAACCAGUACACCUGGCCCAGAGGCGCCGCCUGCACCGCCAAAGGAGCUCAAGACGUACACCAUGGAAGAAGUGGCCAAGCACAACACUAAAGGCGACUGUUGGGUGGUGGUGCACGACAAGGUGUAUGACCUCACCACCUUUCUAGAGGACCACCCUGGUGGUGCGGCAUCCAUUGUGGCGUAUGCGGGCAAGGAAGCCACCAAGGCGUUCGACAUGCUGCACAGCGCCGACAUUUUGGACAAGGUAAGACCAUGA